AUGCAACAAGCGUGUCGGAAGGAAGGCUAUAAAACCAUCAUCUUCAAAAUGAUGUCCAAGUGGUGUUGGGUCACAAAAAAUCUUUAUUAUUUAAAUGGCCUACGGAUUAUUACGCCUAAAAACCUAACCAAAUUCAGUAGUGAGCAUUCAUCUUAUUCAACACAGCAAUCAUUUGGUGAAGACAUUCUGGAUGGUGUACAAUUACGUCGUGUUAAACAGACAUCUUUCAAAGAAACUGAUGAUGUACGUAGAGCCCGUUUAUUGUAUCAAAGCAGAAAGCGUGGAAAUUUAGAAAAUGGAAUUCUCUUAAGUACAUUCGCUGCUGAACAUUUACAUAAAAUGACUCCUGAACAACUUAGUGCCUAUGACGAUUUAAUCAAUUUACCCGAUAAUGAAUGGGAUAUCUACUAUUGGAUUACAAAAGCCAAAGAAGCUCCGGAAUAUUUUCAAACCGACGUCUUAAAACUUCUGCAGGAACACUGCAAAAAUACAAGAAAUGAACAACGAUAUCAACAACCGAGCUUAUAUUAA